AGCGCACUCUCGGCCGCCAUGACAUGCAGAUGCCAUGCUGAUUACAAGAUUCCGUAAUGGCUGGGGGGCGCCCAGAACCCCUUGGAUGGAAGAAAUUAAGCGCCCGUCGCUGUUCAAGCGUUAGCGCCACCCACUUUUCCAGAAUCCUAGGCGGCGCAGCCAGAUUCAGACAGUGAUUGCAGAAAAUGUCUGUUGUUAUAGUAAUUAAAUUGUUAAAAAUGUCCGGGUAUUAUUGUAGUUACGUAUGCUUAGCAGUAGCUGUUGUUUAGAUGGACAUUGAGCUAAGGGUGAAUUCACACCAUGUGAAAAAUUUCUGUGUGUGGGAAGUAGGCUGCCUACUUGCAUUAUGCUGAAUAAACACUGCUAAAAGAUUUCAUGUAAUUUUAAAGACGCAAUAGUUAAUCCCAACUUUUACGAUGUAUUCUAGAUUUUCCUUUCACUGCAAUCUAUUCAAAUAUUUUAAUUUUACGUACGGCCUGGUGUAUGGCUUCUCUAAGCAGUUUUGGCUAAAUUAAUACGUAAUUUAUAUGUAAUUGUUACAAAUCCUUCAUUAGCAUUACCUACUCCUAUUAUUUCUGUACAUGUACACAUGUGAAAGGCAUGACAACGUCACUGUUCAGGUAUACCACAGACCAAUGAUGUAUUAAGUGAAUGUGGGAAGGUGAUGUGAGGUUUCAAAAGCAGAGAUAAAACGCAUCUGAGAAUACGCUGUGAAGAGGCUGAGGACCUAAUGCAGGCGCGUCCCAAAUAGAUUCUCUCUGCCCGGUAAAUAGGUUGCGCGAGAACCUCCGAACCCCACAAGAUUGUAACUGCGCACUUUAUCUCUACAAUUGAAAUAAUUAAUCGCAUUUUUUAAAUCACUUAAUCUCCCCUUAACCUCCGUGGCAAUGAGGAGUACUUGUGCGCUGUUGCCUUUGACAUACCUGGCUACCAACUUGCAGAAUUCGCGAGCUCGAGUGUACAAUGACUCGUUGUUUGAGAGAAUUGCUGAAGCUGCUGCGAACAGGUCAAGUUUUUACACUUUGGACGACAACACUUUGGCCGAUUUGCAGUUUCUGAUCGGAAAGAAGAAAUAUGGUGCAGAAUCUCAGAAUCCGACCAUCAAAUCUCUAUUAAUCAUAGCUUACUCAUUCAUUAUAAUCAUCUCCCUCUUUGGAAAUAUUCUCGUUUGCCACGUCGUGAUAAAAAAUAAAAGGAUUCAUUCUGCCACAAGUUUGUUCAUCGUGAAUCUGGCUAUCGCUGACAUCCUUAUUACCCUCCUCAACACCCCAUUCACUUUGGUGCGUUUUGUGAACAGUACCUGGGUAUUCGGAAAAGGCAUGUGCCACAUCAGUAGAUUUGUGCAGUAUUGCUCUUUACACGUGUGCACACUCACAUUGACUGCCAUAGCACUGGAUAGACGGCAGGUUAUUUUACAUCCAUUAAAGCCAAGAAUGUCCACAAUGCGAGGCGUAGUCUGCAUUGCAGUGAUUUGGUUGAUGGCUACCUGUUUUUCCCUCCCCCACGCAAUCUACCAGAAGUUAUUCACAUUUGUGUACAGCAAAGACAUACUGCGCAGUCUGUGUCUCCCAGAUUUCCCUGAGCCCUCAGAUCUCUACUGGAAGUACAUUGACCUGGCGACUUUCAUACUGUUGUACAUGCUACCACUCCUCAUCAUAACUGGGGCCUACACCACCGUGGCCAAGAGGUUAUGGCGGCGAAAUGCCAUCGGUGAUGUAACCACAAAGCAGUAUUUUGCCCACCGAAAGAAGAAGAAGAAGACAAUCAAGAUGCUGAUGGCAGUGGUUGCAGUGUUUGCCAUCUGCUGGUUCCCCCUCAACUGCUAUGUGGUGCUUAUCUCUAGCCAGGUCAUCCACACAAGCAAUGCCCUCUACUUCUCCUUCCACUGGUUUGCCAUGAGCAGCACCUGCUACAACCCAUUUAUCUAUUGCUGGCUCAAUGACAGUUUCCGUGCUGAGUUGAAGUACCUGGCGGGCAUGUGCCGGAAGACCCCGUGCAGGGCACCAAUGCGCUCGCAGCCCACCACAGCCCCCAUUCACCGUGUUGCAUGGGCUGAGAGCCAUGCUGCCUCCUCUCACACCCAGGCAAAGGAGAGUCAUGGCCUGCACUCCACCUCCCACACCCAAUCCGGUAAAACAGACAUCCUCUCUGUGGAGCCCAUCGUGGCUGUCAGCUAAAUCUCCCAGAUGGUGGCUGCCAGAUGAAGACCCCUCCUCUAUUCAUCUACCUUCAAAUAAACUGCCCCAUGCAUCCUUAUUGUCAAAAAAUUCACACUGACUGCACAACAUGGGUUGAGGGUCACAGUUUGAGUCAUUUAUAAUGAUAUAUGUUCAUAUAUAUGCACACUGUCCCACAGCCAUAUCCCUCUGAGGCAUUUCCUGCUAUACUGCUGAAGAAUCGUACAGCUGGGCAUUGUUACUUGAUUGUGGGAACUGGAAGUACUAGGCUGCUUUUCCUGGAAGUAAUCUUUGUACUGGACCAAGUAGGAAAGAAAUUCAGUUUUCUACCACAACAAAAGUGAUAUUGUGCUGUAGUCAGUAUAUUUUGGAAAAUAUGUUUAUCAAGGUCUUGAUUCAUCAUGGUAUGUAAGGCAGAAUGUGAAUGUCAAGUAUUCCAAAGCAUUCCAUUACAUUUACAUUACAGGCAUUUAGCAGACGCUCCUAUCCAGAGCGACUUACACAACUUUUACAUAGCAUUUUUACACUGUAUCCAUUUAUACAGCUGGAUAUAUAGUGAAGCAAUUUCGGUUAAGUACCUUGCUCAAGGGUACAACGGCAGUGUCCUACCCGGGAAUCGAACCUGCGACCUUUCGGUUACAAGCCCAGUUCCUUACCAACUGUGCUACACUCCAUCCUUCUAUUCAAAAACUUCUAUUCGUUGUAAGCACUGCAAAAUGUAAUUUCACCAUCCGUGGAUAUAUCCAGAUAUCUGUUUGUCUCCUCUCAUGCAGACAACCUUCAGGAUUUUUCCUGUUUUGUAAAAUCUUUGGUGGGCUGCACAAAUACAAUUUUGAGGUGGCAAAUGAAAAAAUUAGAAAGUUGAAUUUAAAUCUACUCGAAGAUUACAUUUUAAUAAAAUCCUGUUUUAGAUCUGCACAAGAGUGGACUGUGGUGUGAUGAAGUCAGCCACCCUCACAGGGCGCAUAUUACUCGAUCAGAAGUCAGGACAAAUGGGGCCGGGCAGUCAAUGUGGCAUCAGAUGCCAAACCAUCUGUAUAGAGCACUUUUUUCACAGUCGUUAUAGUUUUGUGGCAGAGGUUUGGCAGGUGAUGUGCAAAAGCAUAUAUAAGUACAGACAACAACCAUACUAUUUUUUCUUGAACUGUCUGUCUAUUAAACAAGUGCGGUGUUGGAAAUUUCCUGGCAACAGAGAGAAGUGGAUGAGAAAAGCAUCUACUCGACCAUAUUCAUCAAGCUAGUGAGUCAUAUUCAUUAAGCCAGUCUAGCUAGCCAAUGCAGAUCUGAAGAGUAGCCUAGAUCAGUGGUUCCCAACCUUCGGUCCUGGGGGACUUUUGUGUAUGCUGGUUUUCAUUCCAACCACAGUUGAAUUCCAGAAUUUUAACAAGCGAGGUACUUUGCAUGUUUAGAGGGAUGAUUUAUUCUCUUCAGUGACAUUAUGUCGGAAAUAGCUACACAUGCCACAAAGGAUAAAAAUCCCAUGUUCACAUUGUGCUAAUUGUGCUAUAUUGCACACAAUUACAUAAAAAGGAUAAAUACAUUUUUAACUGAUCAAAUUAAAGACUGAGGACAAUCAAAAGGCUCCCAAUUGCGUUGUUGAACACCUGUCUUCAAGGUCUUUCAUAAUUUUUAAUUCCUUAAGUUUAUUAAAACAAUGCAGGUUUGGCUUGUUAUCAUUUGCUUGGUCUUUUAAUUCUUCAUUACUACAAAAUGGAAGGUUUGGUGCCCAUGUGUCCUUACUUUCACCAAUUAGGAGCACAUUGAUUCACCUCAGCCUUUAAUUUGAUCAGUUAAAUAAUUGUGUUACCUCUUUAUGUAAUUCUUUGCUAUACUGCACACUAAGCAAAAGAUGUUAAUGUUCUCACAUGAGAGUUUGUGUUUCAUUUAUUAAUGCAGACUGAUAUUUCAGUAAAAUUAAAGUUGAUUCAGUUUCAUUUGAAUCAUUCACCUUCAUUGGUCUUGGGCUUGUUCUGCCAGAGAGAGGGUGGGUUUGACUGUGUAACAUCCACUUAAACUACGAGUGCAGAGAGCAAAUAUCGAUUGUCCAAUCUACAGUCCACAUCCCAAUGCACCAAAUCAGAGCAUGGUUACCAUCUGUGAUGUAUUCAAUUGUUAAAUAUUCUGUCUAGUAUGGACAUCACAUCAAUACAGUGAGUACUAUAAGAAAAUGUAAUUAAAUUAAAACAGGGAAGGGAGUGGGGAUCUAUGAGGUCAGAGGACUCAGUGUUCUGACUGAUUUAAAAAAAAAAAACCUGUUGCUACUAUGUUCAUUGCCUUAGCUCUGUAUUUGCUGAUGUGCUUUUUAAUAUGGAAGAAAUGACAUAA